AUGUCGCCAGAUACUCCCUCAUCCUCCACCCCUCGUACAACUUCCGAGAACGCCAUUCAUUCCCUAUAUCCGAUCAUCUCCCUGUCCGAUGAACGAUCCAAGGUCGGGUGGUCAUUACAAUGCUAUGAUGAUCUGACAGCGACGGAGAAAAGUAUCCCCGACAUCUGGAUGGAGAGACACCACGAGUGUUCUCGUUUGUGGAGGCUUAAUACGGCGGAAGAGAAAGAGGCUGCAAGAGCCAAGAUUUGGGAGUUGGCGUUCACAAACUGGGACACCAAUACACGAGUUCCUCAACCCGCUCGUGCUGUUGCUAGGAAGACCAAGGAUAGUAUAGUCAAGAUUGGAGUCUUGACAGAAGACGCCAAGCCUUCCAAGAAGCUUCAUGGGGACGAUACCAGUAUUGCCGCCUCUGAUCCACCUCCUCGUCGGCCGCGCUCUCGUGGAGAUGACGUCUUUCUGAAGGCCGAAGUCGAUUAG